AUGUACAAUUUAAUGACAAGUGAUGCUGAUGAUGAAAAUCUAUUUCGAGCAUUAACAACUUCAAGUACAGUUCUCUUCAAAACUGGUGAAAUGUGUAAACCUUAUCGUGGAUUAGAAGUCGAUAAUAAAAAUACUGAACCGACAGAUAAUGAAUGGACACUUAGUUUGGAACAAUUCGAAGCAGCUAUGAAUGCUGAAACACCGAUUGUAACAUGGUUUGAAUUAAAUAGUCAACAACAAUCACUUGAACAACGUAUUCAUAAUUAUAAUCAAGAUUUUCUUCGAUAA